GAGACCCAAGGAUACUUGCAAACCCGGCCUUGGUGCUGGUACGGUGUGCAGAACCCGAGUUCCGGGGCGGGUACGGGUACAGGGCGGUUUCGGACCUCCGGGCCGGCAGGGGGAGCGGCAAGCUGUCCCGAGCCCGGCCAGGCGGAGCAGUCAUGCUUACCACCGGCCCCGCGGAGCCCGCUGCUACGGACGCCCCUGGAACUUCUGAACGCGAGGAGCCCGCAUGGGCUUGGAAAGACGCGCCAGUCGCUACUCUGGUGCGCCGGAUCCAGGAGCUGCAGGACCAGCGCGAGCAGGCCUUCCGCCGCCUGGAGGAAGCCCACCGGCUGUACCUGAGCAGCGGCCCGCAUUACAACUUCCCGCGCUACCGAAGCACUGUGAACGAAGUGACCCAGGCCUUCGCUGCCGCCUCGCGGGAAGUGUUGGCUGUGGAAGCGGAGCUAGCAGGACCACGUGCGCAGCCCCUGCUGGCCAGCCACGUGCGCAGCCUGCAGGAACUGGAGCAGACUCGCCUGGCUUCGGUGGCGCUGCUGCAGCUUAUGGGAACACCAGAAAUGUCUGAACAAGAGGAGCCUGAAAAAAUGCACCAGUUGAAAACAAAGGUAAUUAAAACCAUGGAGGCGAUCAGCGAGGUUCUGCAGGAACUCAGGUUUGAUGCCGAUGCCGAAGCUGCCGAGUGAGGGCGGCUCCCCAGGGACCUCAAGGAAGAUGGGAAAAGAGGCCUGUGGCGUCCAGCCCAGCCCCAACCGCCAGCUGGCUGAGGCCAUGCCCUGAGCUGCCGACCCUCUGAUGCGCCUCCUGAAAUAAAGAACUUCCUCCACA